UGUCGAUCAGUUUUAAUUGGUUAAAGUGGUUUUAAAAAAAUCACAUUACGCAUUUUAAUUUUCACCUGGUUAUGUAACAGGCUGACCAAUUGUUUACCCAAGAAUUUCCUACCAUAUAUGCUUAUUGGCAGGUGUAAUUUUAUAGUAUUCAAUUCAAAUCCAUGGUAAUAUGAACAUUUUCUGCCACUAUCUUGGUGUACAGAUGUAGAGUAUGAAUUUUUCUCUGUACUACAAUUGAUUAUGGCUUUUUAUAUGUCAUCUGACAGUUUUUUCCAAAUGAACUGGAGGAAGCAUGUGCAUUGUUUAGUCAGACAAUACAAGUCAUCACAAUGUUUGAUGACCAAAAACCAUCUGAAUGGGAUUCUUGCUGUUGAGGAGAAUUCAUUGUUUGAUUUGAAACUCUAUAGAGGAUAUGCGUCGUCAAUAUCGCCUUCUCAAACAGAUUGCAAGAAUGCUUUUUCUUCUAAAUCAUUGAACUCAAGAAGAAAAAUGCUAUCAACGGUUAAGCUGUCUGAUUCCAUUGCGAGAAAUAUCCAGUGCGUGCAGCAUCCUCUAAAGAUUGUAUCUCGUCCAUUUUGCCAGGGCGCACGUAAUGAUCCCGAUUUGAGCAGAGAUUUUUUUGUACAGUUAUGGGUUGCAGACAGAAAGAUGCAGAAUGCUGGCAAAAAGCAUAGAACAAAAACUCGUGGUGCCCUGAACCAUGAUGACGCAGGGUCUUGUAGUUUCUCAGGUGGUUCUGAUGAACUGAAACCCAAGCUCAGACAACCGCCUGUUAGUGAAACUGUGACAGGCAUUCUGCAACCUUCAUCACCUGAAGAGGCUAUGGUUGCUUGUCUUCUUGCUAGAUCCAACUUGCUGAUUACUAGAGACAUAGAAUGGGCGAAUCUUGUUUUAGGCUUUGAGCAAGAAAACCGAUAUGCCAUUGUAGAUGUAUACUACCCACAGUCGCCUGCAGGUUAUAUCCGUGAAAAAAGUAGUAUACUUGCUAGACAGUUGCUUCGACUCAGACGCCCUUUUGUGGCAAGUAUAACUGAUGGCUUGGGUAAUGAGCUUUUUAGGGUAAGAAGGCCUUUUUGGUGGAUUACUAGCUCCAUUUAUGCCGAGAUCAAUGGAAAAGAAAUAGGUGUAGUCCACAGAAGAUGGCAUCUGUGGAGGAGAAUUUAUGAUCUGUAUUUGGGGGACAAGCAGUUUGCUGUGGUUGAGAACCCUGGCUUUUGGAACUGGACUUUUACAUUAAAGGAUAUUGAUGGGAAAGUGUUGGCCCAGAUAGAUCGUGACUGGAGGGGGUUUGGUUUUGAGAUUUUCACUGAUGCGGGCCAGUAUGUGAUUCAAUUUGGUAAAGCCGAAUCAAGUAUUGCCCCAGUUGGAGGGAUUCAAGAGCUAGACGUAGUUCGUCCGCUAACCCUCUCGGAGCGAGCAGUAGCUCUUGCACUUGCUAUAUCGCUGGAUAAUGAUUACUUUUCAAGGCAUGGAGGCUGGAGAAUUCCAUUUUUUGACGUGGGCGAAUGAGCCAUGCCGGGCUUUCGCUUUCCACCCAUCUUCUGAAGGAAAAGGUUGCAGUGUCUAGAAACCAGGUGCGCGUUUUGAUAUAUUUUUGCACACGGAUGUAAAGCGGCUUCUUCCACCUUAUAACUGCUGUGCUGAACAUAUAUCAGCAAAAAAAAAAGAAAGAAAAGAAAAGAAAUGAAAAUGAAUUUCAAAAUGGGGUAGCUAUACUUGGGUUUUGCAACUUUCUUUUGCAUUGCUUAUUGACUAAUGUCAUAUAGAAAUGGAAGAAAUUGUUGAUCUAAAUGUCUUUAAACAAAUGGCAAAUCAUGUUGUACAUCCAACUGUUCUUUUUGGUUACUACUUCUGGACUUUUGGCUGCUCAUUUCUCUUAACAAAGUGCUCUUUUCCUU